AUUUUCUUGCUGUUUCUCACUCUGUCAUGGACUUCCCAACCAACCCAUUUGUGUUUAGCCCAGCAGCAGCAGCAGCAACCCAUCAAAACCAUUGUGGUUUUGGUCAUGGAAAACAGGUCCUUUGAUCAUAUGCUUGGGUGGAUGAAGAAAGCCAUUAAUCCAGCAAUCAAUGGUGUCACAGGCAAGGAAUGCAACCCUGUUUCAACCAAAAAUGCAGACCCAAAAUCCAUUUGCUACUCAGACGAUGCUGAGUUUGUGGAUCCGGAUCCGGGUCACUCAUUUGAAGCAGUGGAGCAACAGGUAUUUGGGUCUAGUUCCCUUCCUUCAAUGACUGGUUUUGUAGAGCAAGCAUUAUCAAUGUCCCCAAAUCUCUCCGAGACAGUCAUGAAAGGCUUUAGGCCUGAAUCUGUGCCUGUUUAUGCGGCUUUAGUGCGAGAAUUUGCUGUAUUUGAUAGGUGGUUUUCUUCAAUUCCUGGCCCAACACAACCCAAUAGGCUUUUUGUGUAUUCUGCAACUUCUCAUGGCUCAACAAGCCAUGUUAAGAAGCAAUUGGCUUCAGGGUAUCCACAAAAAACCAUAUUUGAUUCGGUUCACGAGAAUGACAUGAACUUUGGUGUUUACUUUCAAAACAUACCCACCACUAUGUUCUAUAGAAAUAUGAGGAAAUUGAAGUACAUUUCUAAGUUUCAUCAGUAUGAUUUGAAGUUUAAGAAAGAUGCCAGGAAGGGGAAGCUCCCAAGUUUAACUGUGAUUGAGCCGGCCUAUUUUGAUCUAAAGGGAAUGCCUGCAAAUGAUGAUCACCCUUCUCAUGAUGUUGCCAAUGGGCAAAAACUAGUUAAGGAGGUCUAUGAGACACUGAGAGCAAGUCCUCAGUGGAAUGAGACCCUUUUGGUCAUCACCUAUGAUGAACAUGGUGGAUUUUUUGAUCAUGUCAAGACUCCUUAUGUUAAUGUUCCUAACCCAGAUGGGAACAGUGGCCCUGCUCCAUAUUUCUUCAAGUUUGAUCGGCUUGGGGUUCGUGUACCGACAAUUAUGGUCUCUCCAUGGAUUAAGAAAGGAACUGUAAUGAGUGGUCCACAAGGACCUACACCAAACUCUGAGUUUGAGCAUUCUUCAAUCCCUGCCACCAUAAAGAAGAUGUUCAACCUCUCGUCUAACUUCUUAACUCACAGAGAUGCAUGGGCCGGCACAUUUGAGCAUGUUGUUGGGCAAUUGACUUCUCCCAGGACUGACUGCCCAGAGACCUUGCCAGAUGUGGUGCCUUUGAGGAGCACAGAGGCGAAAGAAGAUGCCGGUUUAUCCGAGUUUCAGGGCGAGGUAGUCCAAUUAGCUGGUGUACUUAAUGGUGACCACUUCUUGAGCAGCUUCCCUGAUGAAAUGAGCAAGAAGAUGAGCGUGAAGCAAGCUCACGGGUACGUAAAAGGUGCUGUUUCAAGGUUCAUUAGAGCAAGCAAAGAGGCCAUCAAUUUGGGAGCAGACCAGUCAGCAAUUGUAGAUAUGAGAUCUUCCCUCACAACAAGGUCCUCGAUUAAAAAUUAAUUCAUCCUCCUUGGGUCUCUCUUCUAUACAUUCAUCAGUGUUUGUGCUCAUGUCCCAUAUAAAACGUUAGGAAAUUGUUAAAAUGCUUGUGUUCGAUUGCUUGUUUUUCUAUGCGUCUCUAUGAACCGUUGUCUAUAUUUGUCUACUACAUCACUUGAAACAAGUGUCUUUCUUUCUUAAUAGAAAAUUAAGAGGUAGUCAUGGGCUCAAACCUCUUUGGGCACCCUUCACGUUCGCUUGUGUAAUUUUAAAAUAUGUAGUUGCGUUACCCUUUGAACAUUUUACUUUCAGAA